AAUAAUAUUGUCAAUACAACUCUGAGUUCAUUUAAAACAUUUUAUUGUUUGUUUAUAUAUAUUUCAUUAAAUAAAAAUUUCACUUCUACUAACUGAAACGCUUUACUUUUUGUAGAUAUUUCCCGAGAAAAUGUGGAUGAUCAUCUUAAUCGCUCUACCCUUUAUUUAUGCGAUUUAGCCAAAAGAUCUUCCGAUUAUUACGACAAGAAAUCUUUAAACUAUUGUUGGCAGGUCUUAAUAAUAGCAAUAUUUUACAGUAUUCCUGUUGUCCAGCUUGUUAUAACAUAUCAAAGGAUACUAAACUAUUCUGGAAAUCAAGAUAUGUGCUACUACAAUUUCUUGUGUGCAAAUCCGCUGUUUGGGAUGACCGACUUUAAUCAUAUAUUUUCGAAUGUCGGUUAUAUAUUUGUAGGGAUUUUGUUCCUAUUUUUAGUUUACAUUAAAGACAAAUGGGAAAUUUAUAAGCCGAGUCAUGGUAUCCCUAUGCACAGUGGUAUGUACUAUGCAAUGGGGAUAGCUCUUAUAAUUGAAGGGAUUUUAUCUGCAUGUUACCACAUUUGUCCUAAUCAAGCGAACUUUCAAUUUGAUACAAGUUUUAUGUAUGUACUGGCUGUGUUGUGGAUAAUAAAAUUAUAUCAGAAAAGGCACCCUGAUAUAAAUGCAGUAGCGUAUGCUACAUUUUUAGUGCUAGGUAUUGCUAUAUUUAUGGCUACUAUUGGUAUUGUGGAUGGCUCUCUAUCGAUUUGGAUACUGUUUAUGGUCAGUUAUAUUAUUUUCUGUGUGUACCUUUCUUUUAACGCAUACUUUCUGAGUUACGUUAGACAUGGGCUUAUGUCUGUAUUUAAAGAUUGUACAAAACCGCAUGAUAGAUUUUUCAAUGUUUUUAAGCCACGAAGAAGAGCACAUUUUAUAAUAUGUUUAUUGGGAAACAUCAUCAAUUCCGUAAUGGCUCUCUUGGGAAUUUAUUGUUAUUCAAAUGGAAUUGACUUUGGGACAUUUCUGCUGGUAAUCCUCCUCGGAAACGCAACUUUAUACUGUUUAAGUUACACUAGCAUGAAAUUAACUCAUGGAGAACGAAUUUGUGCUCAGGCGAUCUUUUUUGGAAUUUUGACUUUAAUUACAUGGGGUUUCUCCGCUUAUUUUUUUACACAGACUUCCACCUUGUGGUAUGUAUCGCCUGCGGAGUCUCGCCAGAGAAACACAAAUUGUCAAUUUUUGAAUUUUUACGAUUACCAUGACAUUUGGCACUUACUGAGCGCAGCUGCUUUACUAUUUACUUUCGUCUUCCUCAUGGUUAUUGAUGAUGACUUAAAGCAUAAACCACAUUACGAAAUAUCUGUUUUUUAGUAAAAUAAUUUCCCAAGUUCGUUUAUUUAAUUUCCAAUUCUCUUGUAAAAUAUAAAUAUACAUAAGUAUUACAACUUGAAAUAUAACUAUAUAGAAAUUUACCAAGUA